GUUACACGCAGCUGUGUGACUGGUGGAGCGUUGGAGUAAUUCUCUUUGAGAUGUUGGUGGGGCAGCCUCCCUUCCUGGCACAGACGCCACUGGAAACACAAAUGAAGGUUAUCAACUGGCAAACUGCACUUCAUAUUCCACCUCAGGCUAAACUGACUCCAGAGGCCUCCGACCUUAUUAUUAAACUCUGCCGAGGGCCAGAAGAUCGUUUGGGCAAAAAUGGUGCGGAUGAAAUAAAAGCUCAUCCGUUUUUUAAAACGAUUGAUUUUUCAAGCGAUCUACGGCGGCAGUCUGCUUUCUACAUUCCCAAAAUUGCUCACCCGACAGACACAUCGAACUUUGACCCAGUUGAUCCAGAUAAGUUGUGGAGUGAUGACGAUAAGGAAGGGAACAGAAAUGAUACGCUUAAUGGGUGGUACAAAAACGGAAAACAUCCUGAACAUGCUUUUUAUGAGUUCACCUUCCGAAGGUUUUUUGAUGACAAUGGCUACCCGUACAACAAUCCAAAGCCCAUUGAGUAUGAUUAUGGUAGUUCCCAAAACUCAGAACAGCAGUCUGAUGAUGAUGGUGAUGAUGAUGAACAGGCAGGUAGAGGAGUCCAAAAUCGUGACCUGGUUUAUGUUUAGUAGAGGAAUGAAGAUUAA